AUCUGGACACUGGAUUAGAUAAGAAAGGUAUUGACUAACUUCGCAGCCUGGUGGCAGACUUGAAAACCACCAUGACAUCGGAGAAACUGCAGAGAGUCGACGAAGAGGCGGUGGUGGAUCAAGGUGGGACCAGUAAUGUCGUUAAUAUUCAUUAUGAGAAAGAAGAGCUGGAAGGGCACAGAACGCUAUACGUUGGGGUACGGAUGCCUUUGGUGAGACAAAGCCACAGGCAUCACAGGAAUCAUGGCCAGAAACAUCGGAAACGAGACCGGGCGAAGGGAGCCAUUCAAGAAGAUGAGCAGGAAUCUCAUGACACCCCGUCUCAGCGAGUUCAGUUUAUCCUUGGUAUGGAGGAGGACGAGGAGCACGUUCCCCACGAUUUGUUCACAGAGCUGGAUGAAAUCUGUGUGAAAGAAGGAGAAGAUGCCGAAUGGAAGGAAACAGCCAGGUGGCUGAAGUUCGAAGAAGAUGUGGAGGACGGAGGAGAACGCUGGAGCAAGCCCUAUGUAGCGACACUUUCAUUACACAGCCUCUUUGAGCUGAGGAGUUGUAUCAUGAACGGGACUGUCCUUCUGGAUAUGUGUGCCAACAGCAUCGAGGAAAUUGCAGAUAUGAUCCUGGAUCAGCAAGAACCAAGCAGUGAGUUUGAUGAAAGCAUGAGAGAGAAUAUCCGGGAUGCCCUCUUAAAAAAGCAUCACCACCAGAAUGAGAAGAAGAGGAACAACCUCCUUCCGAUUGUCCGCUCUUUCACUGAUGUCAGCAAGAAACAGUCAGAUCCACACUUAUUGGAUAAAACGGCAAUGCACGCGCAGUGUCCUCAACCUGGCACCACCAGUCUAGAAGUUAAAAAUGGAGUGACCCACGACACUAGUCCUAUGGAUUUAAGCAAGGCGGAGCUUCAUUUCAUGAAGAAAAUUCCCACCGGAGCAGAAGCUUCCAACGUUCUAGUGGGAGAGUUGGAUUUCCUCCUUCGUCCCGUGGUGGCAUUCGUGCGUCUGACGCCAGCCGUCCUUCUCUCAGGCAUGACGGAAGUGCCGAUCCCAACAAGGUUCUUAUUUAUCUUGUUGGGACCAGAAGGGAAAGCACAUCAGUACCAUGAGAUUGGCAGGUCAAUGGCCACUCUCAUGACAGAUGAGAUUUUCCAUGACGUUGCUUAUAAAGCCAAAGACCGUGGUGACCUUGUAGCUGGUAUUGAUGAGUUCCUGGAUCAGGUGACAGUAUUGCCUCCUGGAGAAUGGGAUCCGUCGAUUAGAAUUGAACCACCGAAAAAUGUACCUUCCCAGGACAAGAGGAAGAUGCCAGGUGUCCCUAAUGGCAUUGCUUGCCAUACUGAGCCAGAACAGCACAGUGGACCCGAACUUGAACGAACAGGAAGGCUCUUUGGUGGUUUGAUCAUGGAUGUGAAACGAAAAGCUCCUUGGUUCUGGAGUGACUUCAGGGACGCUCUGAGCUUGCAGUGCUUGGCGUCUUUCCUCUUCCUAUACUGUGCCUGCAUGUCCCCCGUGAUUACCUUUGGGGGGCUGCUUGGGGAAGCAACCGAUGGACAAAUAAGUGCAAUAGAAUCCUUAUUUGGUGCCUCGAUGACUGGAGUUGUGUACUCUCUGUUCGCUGGACAACCCCUCACUAUCCUAGGAAGCACUGGACCGGUGUUGGUGUUUGAAAAGAUUUUAUUCAAGUUCUGCAAAGACUACUCGCUCUCCUACCUUUCCCUGAGAACCAGCAUUGGACUGUGGACCGCUUUCCUGUGCAUCGUCCUUGUGGCAACAGACUCCAGCUCCCUCGUACGCUACAUCACUCGCUUUACUGAAGAAGCAUUUGCUUCUCUGAUCUGUAUCAUUUUCAUCUACGAAGCUCUAGAGAAACUGAUUAAGCUAGGGGCAACCUACCCCAUCCACAUGCACAGCCAGCUCGACCACCUUACCUUCUACUACUGUAAGUGUGCCGCUCCUGACAAUCCCAGCAAUCAAACCCUGCAGUUCUGGAGUGACAGGAAGAUUGUCCCUUCUGCGAUUGAGUGGGCGAACCUCACUGUCAGAGAAUGUCAGAAAAUGCAUGGAGAAUUUACUGGACCCGCCUGUGGGCACCACGGCCCCUACACGCCAGAUGUCCUCUUCUGGUCUUGCAUUCUUUUCUUCACCACCUUCAUCAUGUCCGGUGCACUGAAGAUGUUUAAAACCAGCCACUAUUUCCCAACAAAAGUACGAGCCACGAUAAGUGACUUUGCUGUUUUCUUAACUAUCGUCACUAUGGUGACUUUUGAUUUCUUAAUUGGAGUCCCAUCACCAAAGCUACAAGUUCCCAGUGUCUUCAAGCCGACAAGAGAUGACCGUGGGUGGAUUAUUAGCCCGAUAGGACCCAAUCCCUGGUGGACGGUGUUAGCAGCUCUCAUCCCAGCUCUCCUCUGCACCAUCUUGAUAUUCAUGGACCAGCAAAUCACUGCUGUUAUCAUAAACAGAAAAGAGCAUAAACUCAAGAAAGGAUGUGGCUACCACCUGGACCUUCUGAUGGUAGCAAUAAUGCUUGGUGUUUGCUCCGUGAUGGGGCUGCCCUGGUUUGUCGCUGCGACUGUUCUAUCCAUCACCCACGUGAACAGCCUUAAACUAGAGUCUGGCUGCUCAGCUCCUGGAGAACAACCGAAAUUUCUUGGGAUACGAGAGCAAAGAGUCACUGGCCUCAUGAUCUUUGUGCUUAUGGGCUGUUCCGUCUUCAUGACUGCUGUGUUAAAGUUUAUCCCGAUGCCGGUGCUUUAUGGGGUGUUCCUUUACAUGGGUGUUUCUUCACUCAGAGGAAUUCAGUUCUUCGAUCGCCUGAAGCUGUUUGGAAUGCCAGCAAAACACCAGCCCGACUUUAUCUACUUACGGCAUGUCCCCUUGCGAAAAGUACAUCUCUUCACCGUGAUCCAGCUGAUGUGCCUCGUUUCACUCUGGGCCAUCAAAGUUUCUCCUGCUGCCAUCGUCUUUCCCAUGAUGGUCUUGGCUCUGGUCUUUGUCCGGCAAGUCAUGGAUUUCUGUUUCUCAAAGCGGGAGCUCAGCUGGCUCGAUGACCUCAUGCCAGAAAGCAAGAAGAAAAAACUGGAUGAUGCCAAAAAUAAAGCCAAGGAAGAAGAGGAGUCUCAGAAAAUGAUCGAAGCUGCUGAAGCAAAUGUCAUGCAGUUACCAUUGGGGAACACAAAAUAUUUGACUGUUCCAGGACGAAAUAACAAUUUCAGGGAUGAUCCUUCAGAGAUAAACAUCUCAGAUGAAAUGUCUAAGACAACUGUAUGGAAAGCUCUCAGCAUGAAUACAGAAAAUCUCUAAAUCCCAGGAGAAGAGUUUUUCCAUUUAGGGACCUUGACUUUGGCGGCGGGGGAGGAGAAUGUGAAGAUGACUCAGGGAUGAGCCAAGAUGUACAGACACGGGGAGAAAAUACUCUUAAAAAUGGAGAAAGGGGCGAAAAAACCCACCGCUCUCCUCUGGUACUUUUUUCAUUCAAGUAACUGGAUUCACAUUAAAGCCAUUCAGACAUUUUCAGUGAUCUUUGGUGUGCUUCGGUGGGCAUUUAUUCUCUUCAGACCAGCAAGCUGAGGUGGCCAUUGCAAUCGAUGACAGUUCAAUGCUGUUAAGCCUCUCUCUCUGUGAGUGCGUGCGUGUGUUCUGUUCUCUUCAUGGUAGAGAGAUUGCUACCACACAGCCAUUGAGUGGUAUAGAUUUUCCAUCUGAUUUUCCUUUAAAAAUAUAAACUCUGAAUGUACAAAAUUCACUUUUCUGAUCUUUCUGGGCCACUGUCCAUUUACUGUUCUUCCCUAGCUGGCUGUUGGGUUGGUUGGGUUCUCAGUUAAGUUUCUGCAGUGCUUUUGCGUGUAUGUUAAUAGUUGUCACAGGUCCAUCUUGGGACAGUCCACGGCAGGCCAGUGUAAUGGGAAUAUCUUCAGCAGACCUGGACCAAAGCUGCAAACUGGUUUUUCAGUGCUUGUUCAUUCUAGUUUUUGCUAUUUUGCACACGUUCUAGUGCCUAAGGCCUGGACUCAGCAAAGCGUGCCAUCUGUGCUCAGCCGUGCAAUGCCUAAUUUAGGGUGGAUGGUCGGCGGGAUUGAGGUUUCUAAGUGCCUAAAUCCCUUUUGGCAAUGAUACUUAAGCUCCUAAAUCAGUUUGGCAUUGCACAGCUGAGCACAGCGACGCCUCCAAAUACCUUUAAAAAUCUGGGCUAUAAGCACAUUCUUGAUUGAGUUGGCGUUGGUCCUGCUUUGAGCAGGGGGCUGGACUUGAUGACCUCCUGAGGUCCCUUCCAACCCUGAUAUUCUAUGAUGCUAAGUCCCGCUGAAGUUAAUGGAACUUGCUUAAAAUUAAAAGCUCUGCUGAUUAUGUAAAUGAGUCCUGUGUGUUAUGGUGGCCCAUAAGUGGCGCUGACUAAGGUCGGGGCUCCAUUGUGCUGAAAGACUGUCCCUGCCCCAAAGAGCUUGCAGACUGUCUGGACAGAAGGGUCAUGCAGGCAUUGCUGCUUCUGUCAGCUGAGCUCUGUGCGCACACCUGGGCUUCUUGCAUCUCUCCAUUCUUCCCCCACAAGCUCCCUGAGUACCCCCUCCCAACCCUCUGUCUUUUAGGAAGUCCCUGCAACCCCCACCUCCCUCAUGCAAGGAGUUUUGUGUACCCACAUACCCCCUUUCCCCUCCAGACCAGGAUCCUCCGUUAAACCCCCUGUGCCAGGGGUUUGUGUACUCCCUCCCCCAACCCCUCAUACGAGACCCCCAUUCAACCCACAUGCCUGGGUCUCUGUGUACCCCCAUUUCCUCCUUUCCCCUAUGCCUGGGGCUCUGUGUACCCCCUUUUGCCCUCCCCCUAUGCCAGGGUCUCCCAUUCUUCCUGCUCCAUGUCAGGAGCUUUGGGUGUCUCCUUUCUCCCCCCCAGUACUUUUCUUUCCCCCCAUUGGAAGGUUUGGAUGCACCUAUGGCCCAGUCCUGUGUUCUGUCCAUUAGACAAUGCUUCUUUCUUGCUUGUUCACCUGCUUUGCCUGAGCAUGUGCCUGAGCACUUUGCUGAAUCGGUGCCUAUCUUAACUCAUGCUGUGCGUGGGAAUAGAGAAUAUUGCAGAUGAUUCAUAAUGGUGAGUAUUCACGGCAUAAGCCUGCUCCAAAGAGUCACCCUCCUCCCAUAAUGGGACAGAAACAUUAGUUGCGAUCUCAGAGACCAAUCAGAAUAGCUUGGAUGCUGCAAUGAUGCACUCCCAUGCAAACGUCAGACCAAGAUUUAUUCACACCAGCUCUUCAGCGAAUAGCUUCCAACCAUGCACGAGUUGGAGAAAACUGCAAUCUCGUGGCGCUCGCUUCUUGGGCGGAAAGAGGCAAAACUAAUUAAUAUGUCAUCUGAAAACAAGAGCUGUCAGACGACUGUCACAUUGUCUAGCUGUAUCAUAGUCUGGGGACUUUCUCUUUGUUAUACUGCUUGGCAGAGUAUCACAAUCUGAUCAGUUAUCGAAUCCCUUUUCAGAAAUCAGUGUUCAUCUGAGGUCCACGUUCAGCAAAGCACUUAGGUAUGUAACUUUAAAUACAUCUAGUUCUGUGCAUGAGGGAAUCAUAAAUUUGGAUGGCUGGAAGGGAUCUCAAGGGGUUGUCCAGUCCUUCAUCCUAGUCUGGGGCAGAACUCUCCCUCCCUUUCAGCUAGAGCAGUAGAAGCCCCAGAUCCAGCUGGGAUGGGUUCCACCAGCAGCGCCAUAAGACUAUCCUUUGAGGAACCCUCCGUACAUCUCUGCGGUAGAGGGCAUGCCAGAGCUGUGAAGGCUGCGUCAGAGGGUGCCAUGGCCUAUAGGUCAGCCCUGGGAGCAGGGCCGGCUCCAGGCACCAGCUAAAGUUGGCCAAUACCAAGAGGCGGCAUUCCAGCCGGUCCGAGUCUUCAGCGGCAAUUCGGCGGCGGGUCCCUCACUCUCUCUCGGAGCGAAGGACCAGCCGUCAAAUUGCUGCUGAAGUGUGGAGCAGCGCGAUCAUGCUGCUACCGCUUUUUUUUUUUUUGUGCUGCUUGGGGUGGCAGAAAACCUGGAGCCGGCCCUGCCUGAGAGGCUGCCGUGACUUUAUAAUAAAUAUAUGGAGAUAUACCUAUCUCAUAGACUAGGAAGGGACCCCGAAGGGUCAUUGAGUCCAGCCCCCUGCCUUCAUUAGCAGGACCAAGUACUGAUUUUGCCCCAGAUCCCUAAGUGGCCCCCUCAAGGAUUGAACUCACAACCAGAAGCAGUGCCAGGGUUUUUGCCACUCUAGGUGGCAGCGCUCCUUCUCUGAGCGUUCGGCAGUGGAGGGUCCUUCCACUCCGCAUCUUUGGGGCACUUCGGUGGCAGGCCCUUCACUCGCUCCGAGAUCCGCCACCGAAUUUCUGCCGAAGACCCGGAGCAGAAGGACCCUCUGCUGCCAAAUUUCCUCCAAAGGCGGCAAAAUGCCACCCCGCAAAUCCUGCCACCCUAGGUGACAGCUUAGGGUCGCCUAGUGGAAGCCAGCCCUGUUCACAACCCUGGGUUUAGCAGGCCAAUCCUCAAACCACUGAGCUAUUCCUCCUUUUACCGGCCCAUAGGGGUUUCUAAAUCACAGCAGGGGCCACUGUAGUCCCUGGUGCAGCCCAGGCUCAGAAAGGCGCCACCCUCCUCUGUGCUGUGCCUCUUAGAGGCACAACUCAGAAUCUCAUCUGUUGACUCUCAUGGGCCGACUCAGAUGCUUAAAAUUCAACCAGGUGCUUACAGACCUUGCUGAAUCAGGGCUUCAUUCUGCUUUUCUUACUCAGCCAAAACUCAGUUCCCAUCGAAUUCAGGAAGAGAGUCCCCAAAGGUUAGAGUUUCAAGAUCAGGGCCUAUGUUUUUAAAAAGCACAUAGAUUUCUCGAUCGGUGGAAUCUUUUAUGCUUAUUGCAAGCAAAUCUGACUAGUCUCCGAUUAGGAGCUUUCCAAGGUUACCGCCUGUCCUGCAGCGUGGAUAGGUGUUAUGGUAGCACUCACCCGAACAGUACUUGAUUGUUUGCUGUAAAUGCUAACCCCUGCAGUGAAACUCACUCCAAACAUAGAUCUCCUUUCUUUUCAAAUGCAUUCAUUUAUUCCUUCCAGAAUUAUUGAGCUGACUGAUUAUGAUCAUCCAGAGGGCUGGAUGUGGUGGCCCGAAUUAUAAAAUGAAUAGACUUUGAGUUAUUUGCUUUGUAGAUUGCUUUUUCAGCAUCCAUUAUGUCAGUGUACAUCGCUCAUUCUCUUAAAGGAAUAGUCUCAGUGGUAGUUUCUUCUUUGAAUACAGUUGCCUGAUUUACUAUAUUACUAAGCACCUGUGGAAAGCAUUACACAGGGGCCAAGCCUCGUUCCAGCCUCGCUGGUGUAAAUCGGGCUUAACGCCAUCAUUAGGCUGGCAUCUGAAUGGUGGAAGCAGCGGCGGCCCCAGGCACCAGCUCUCCAAGCGCGUGCCUGGGAUGGCAAGCCACGUGGGGGCAUCCUGCCGGUCCCUGUGAGAGCGGCAGUCAGGCAACCUUUGAUGGCUUGCCUAUGGAAGGCCCGCUGGUCCCAUUGAUUUGGCAGGAAUUCGGCGGCAGGUACGCCGAAGCUGCGGGACCGGCGGACCUCCCGCAGGCAAGCCGACGGAGCCGCGGGACCGGCGGACCUCCUGCAGGCAAGCUGAUGAAGCCGUGGGACCGGCGGACCUCCCGCAGGCAAGCCGAUGAAGCCGCGGGACCGGUGGACGACCCACAGGCAAGCAGCCAAAUCCGCGGGACCGGGGACCUCCCAAAGGCAGCCUACCUGCCGUGCUUGGGGCGGCAAAAAAGCUAGAGCCACCCCUGGGUGGAAGUGAGAUCAGAAUCAGAUCUUCUAAAUUGAACAUAAGAACGGAGGGUGGCGAGGUAAUGAUUGAAUUAUUUUUGCUACCCCAGCAGAUUUGGUUGAAGACGAAUGUGUUGGGCAGUAUUUUUGGGCCAGAGCUUUAUAUCAUUUUCUUGCAUCACAGUACAGCUUUGUUGUAACUCCUUGAUCUUUACACCUAUCCUUGUGAGAUGGAAACUCUAGAACGGUCUUUUACCCGCCUCUUGUUUAUAUCAGACUCUCCAUAGCUAGUGGCGCGAAAGCUUUGGAAAGGAUUUUUUUCUAGGACUCCUGUUUCUGUGAAAAUUGAUUUUCUCCAAGGCUUGCAUGAUCAAUUCAGAGUAGCCCAAUGACCUAAGAAUAGACGGAUUUGAGAAAAAGUUCCUAGCUCGCAGCCAGUAAGUUUGGCGGGUGAGUGGGGAUCAUGAAAAUACAAACAGCUCAUGAGAAAAGAUGGUGAGGGAACCCAGAAAACUUCUACAGAUGGUAGAUGUGAUACAUGCAUGGGGGAGGCGGGGCAGGAAAGGAAGUUCCCUGCGCAGGAGUGAUGAACUGGGGUGACAAACUGACCUAGAAUACCGUUUACUAGUCCCUGUUCUCUCACACCCACUACCUAUAGUAAUUACAGCUAGGAACCUUCAGUAGCUCUUAUGCAUGGCUGCAGCUUGGAAGUCCAUGCUGGCCAGGAUCUAAAAGAGUUGGCCUGCUGGUUGCAGCUUUGGUUUCCCCUGAUGAAGCAGGGGCCUCACAGGGUCUACAUUGGGAACGUGGCUGCAUCACACCCUUCAUGAUUCCUGCCUUUGCUACUGUGACCAAUAAGAAGAUGUCGGCCACAUAUUUACUGGCUGCCCCCAUCGGCAAGGGCUGCCUGGUUGCUUUGUGCACUUGCAUAAUGCCCUCCCUUCAGCUGUUGAAUGAUAAAGAUGCUAAUAGGCUUGAUUUAAUCCCACAAACUAUAGGGCUGCCGCAGUAAGGACUAGAGUCUGAGAGAUCUAAGGCCCCUUGUCAAAAGCUGGGAAUCUCCCCCAGCUCAGAAUUUACAGAUUGAUAGACCAGAAGGGUCCAUUUUGAUCCCCAGUCUGGCCUCCUGCUGCAUAACUCAGGCUGAUAAAGGGAUGGGGUUCCUGACCCAGUCAUCCACCAAGGGCCCACUGAAGCAUUGAAGAUUUUCCAGUCAUCUUCUCUGCUAAUGACCACUGGUGGGGAGGGACCUUCAGGUCAACAGCCCUGGGAGCUGAAAACGUGUCAGCUUGAGGAAGAAAAAGGUCAGACCUCUUGUUCCAGCUCUGCUUUCGCUUCCUGGAUAAGAAAAGACAGCUUGGGUUUUAUUCUCACUCCUGCCCGGCUGUGUCUGCACAGAACUCAUGGCGGCGUGGCUGCAGGGCCGCCCGGGGUGGUGGUGAGGGGCAAGUAAGGCAAUUUGCCCCAGACCCCGGGACCUGCAGGGGCCCCCACUAGAAUAUAGUGUUCUAUAGUAUUGCAACUUUUUUUUUAUGGAAGGAGCCCCCGAAAUUGCUUUGCCCCAGGCCCCCUGAAUCCUCUGCUUGGCUGCAUUAAUAUAACAUGCUAUUUUAUCCUGGCCGUCUGUGCCAGUGUAACCCAUCCUUGCGCAGUGAGGCUGUCUGUGUCCCUCGAGUGGUUAGAGUCAGCUACAGCCUUUGAGCUGAGAAGGAGGGCAGGUUCUUUGCAUUCAGAUCCAGCAGCACUUGUAGGUUUCAGACCGCAGUAACUGACCCGUCGGUGUCUGAAACAAGCAUAUCCUCUCCCUCAUUAAAUAGGCCUGAAGGGAUCAUUGAGUCCAGUCUCCUGUUAUCGCAUAUAAUCAUUUAUAUCAUUAUUCCAUAUAAUGCUAUAAUCCAGCCUCCGGUCACCCCAUCAUGUAACUCUGUUCAUAAACGUAUAAAGCUCUGUGUUCAAACGAGUUCGAUUGUUUGCUCCCGCUGACCACUCCAGGGAAGAAAAAUAUAGCACGGAGAAACGCAUGGAGAAAAUCCAGGAUUUUCCUGCCAUUUUAAAAAGAAAUAUUAGUUCUGUUAAAUAAUAAAAUGGCUUGUUUAUGCAAUGGUUACAAUUGUUUCUACUGGACAGGAGAACACUUUCUUCUAUAUGCUUUCUAUAAAAAAUAAUUACUGGGUCCCUCUAAGUGACUUUAGCAACAAUUUUUUUUUUACUUUAAAAAUGAUAGCACUAUGGAGUGGUUGAAAGUGAUGACAUUGCCCAGGGAGAGCUGGCCGUAUCUUUAAAAGCGGCCUACUUUUAAUUGUAUUAAGGAUGGAGUAAAAUGAUGCACAGUGUGGAACUGUUUACAGCACAAACCCAGCUUGCUGCAGUACCACAUCCCCUCCUUUUAAAUAAGUAAAACCCAACCUACAAUAAAACUGCAAAGCUUUGCCAGGGACUGGGCCCUCAGUUAGAAUCAAAAUAGUUCCAGAACAGAGAUGUAACCAGUAUGGCCAAUCCCCAAACUGUUCAGAAAUCAUGAGAUUGACUUAAAAACCAUGAGAUCAAGAAAACCAAAAAUUAACAAACGGGGGAAAAACAAUCACAUUUUGGGUUCAUUUUGGCUUUGUUUCUGAGCCUAUAGGGUGCUCUCAGGUCAUAAUUUCAAGUUUUUCUCUGCAACCACCAGGGCUAGAAGCUUUUUUUGUUUGAUGAAAGCUGAGGCUCUUGCAUAACAAUAUGACUCCAGGAGCAGGAGCUUUAAGGAAAACACCAAAGAUUCCAAGGAUCAAUGUCAAUGUUUAGCUGCCAUCUUUGUGGCCUAUGAUUUGAGCAUGCCUCUGUUUCCUACCACGUAUCAUGAUUGGUUGACUCGUUACCUAACGGUAAUGACUAGAUAGCUGACCUGUUUCUAGAACAGGACAUGCAGAAGCAGGUUGCAAACACCAAAGAAUCUAAUUACUUUGUAAUCCGUCAGCUAAAAACAUCCCAUAGGAAGGCACUGGACCUUGGUUCUCCGCUGUCUUGUGCAGUCAUUUAUACCAAUGCGAAGGGCUGCUAUUCUGAUUGGCCUCGUGUGUUUCAGAGCCUUGCAUUUUACACUGGGCACUGGUGUCAAUGAUGGAGAAUCUGGCCCGUCACUGAUUUCACACUAGAUUGAUAACAAAUAGAAAUGUGCGAGUCCCCUUCUUUCUCCACUGAGCACAGUCAGAUUGUGCAGCUCCCCGAAGGAUGUAGGGCAGUGUCUCUACAAAGACAUCAGUGGCCAGUCCCCCAGCUAUGUCUCCUCUUCUAUGUACAUGCCUAAGGCCUCAUGGGGGCCUGAUGACAGUCUGCUCUUAGUGGAGAAUGAAGGGGCAGGGGGGCUGGGCUGGGGAAGGUACUGGGGUGCAUGGGAGAUGUUGUGCUGUGGGACAUGAUGCUGUGCUGAGAAACGUGCAGAUGGAGAUGUGACAUGACGCUGGGGUGGUGCUGUGCAUAAAAGAUUGUUACAAGGAGGAGGGUGAAAAAUUGUUCUCUUCAUCCUCUGAGAAGGGGACAAGAAGCAAUGGGCUUAAACUGCAGCAAGGAAGGUUUAGGUUGGAUAUUAGGAAAAACUUCCUGUCAGGGUGGUUAAGCACCGAAACAGAUUAACUAGGGAAGUUGUGGAAUCUCUGUCCUUACAGAUUUUUAAGAACAGGUUAGAAAAACCUCUGUCAGGAAUAGUCUAGUUAUUACUUAGUCCUGCUUUGAGUACAGGGGACUGGAUGAGAUGAUCUCCUGAGGUCUCUUCCAUGAUUCUGUGAUGCUAUAAUAGUUUUUUCAGGUCUCUGGCAAUUAUUGAAAAAUUGAACACCGACUGCCACCACAGAUUCAGGAAAUGAAAGAUUUUUUUCUCAAUUUUUUUUUUCGGUGAAUGGGAAAAAUUCAGUUAGAUUUUGAGCCAUUUUGUUAUUUUAAAAUCAAACUAAAGGAAAAUUGGACACCAAAAGUCAUUUCAAGUCGAAAAAUCAAAAUGUGUCUUCUUGCAAAUAGAAUUUGGAGGAGGGGGUGGGAGUUUUUUAGGUUGUUUUUUCUCCAGUCCUCACAAAUUAGUGUUUAGAGGUCACCAAAUCUGUAUUUUUUUUCACCCCCCAAAAACUGUCAACAAUUUUUGCCCGGUUCUACUCUUUGCGGCAACAAAGUGCGUCGAGAAAGGUGCUCAAAGCUGCCCCUAGAGGGCAGCACUAAGCAGAGCUGCAGCAAAUCUCAACAACAGGCUAAAUUAUCCAGAGUCAGAGCAAACGAAGAAGAAAGGUAGAGUAGCUGGCUGAAGAAGAGUGCAGCCUGUGAUUAACCCUGACAACUCCUGAUACCAACAAGGUGAGCUCCAAAGUCAGGGCUCCUCUGGGGCUGGUUCCAGGAACUGCACUAUGUAGGGUGACCAGACAGCAAAUGUGAAACAUCCGGACAGUGGUAGGGGUAAUAGGCAUCUAUUUAAGAAAAAGACCCAAAAAUCGGGACUGUCCCUAUAAAAUGGGGACAUCUGGUCACCCUAGCACCAUGGAAUCUUUAUGACUGUGUUCCACCCACAGUGAUGGACAGUCUAUGGUAAAGAGAACCCCUCUGUUCUUAAAUGCAGCUGCCAGCCCCGUAAGACCACCAGGGGCAGAAGCAGCAGCGUGAAUUGGAACCAGUUCUGAAGGCAGAGAUAAUACAAGUGCGUGUUCUGGGGUUCAUAGUAGCAUCACCCAGCAAACGAUUGUGUUCUCACCACUUGGUGUCUCUUUGGGGAUGUUGACGUGGGGUCAAUUGACUCAGGUUUACAGGGCUAAAAAUAGCAGUGUAGACAGUCCUGCUUGGGCUGGAGCUGGGGCUCUGAAACCUGGCGGAGUGGGAUGGUCUUGGAGCUGGGGCUCCAGCCUGAACAGAAACGUUUACACUGCUAUUUUUAGCCCCACAGCCUAAUCCUUGUGAGCCUGAGUCAACUGACCUGGGUUCUGAGACUCGGUGCUGUGGGUUUUUCUUUGCAGUGUAGACAUAAUCUGGUGUAUUCAGGACAGAGCACAAUACAGCAGCCUCAGCCAGAGAGGUCAAAGACCUAGAUGAUCUUGGUGACUUGGAAGGUAAUACUUCCACCAACGUCUGAAGAUGAAAAAUCCUGCUAAAACUAGUCUGGAUUAGUUCCACCUUAAGGAAAAUGGAAACUCUUUGCAUCUCAGGAGAAAAUUUGCUCCCUCUACCUGUGCAUCAUUAUUAGCCAUUCCUUUCCUUUAAAAUAAAUUCUUUGUUUUCAUUCGUUUCAAGCAUCGCUGUAAUCAUUUCAUAGCUCUCCUUCGAAGAUUAUUCUUACAUUCUGCCUUGGCACUAUGAUGAAGUCAGAAUCCCACAGUGUUGCCAGCUCCCUUGAUAGUCUCACAAAUGUUAUGUUGGUGUUUUGAUUUGAAGGCCAGCUCCUGGAGUCAGGUGAUGACAUGAAAAUCUCAGCUUUUAUUAAAAAAAAUUAGCUUUCAUGGUUGCAGGGAAAACAAAACAAAACAAAAACCCUAACAUUCAAAAAAACAGCAGGAGUCCCCCUCACCCCAGAUUUUUCAUUUUAAAAAAUCUCAUGAUUUUAAUACUUGUGAUUUUGGGAGGGUCAGAUUUAGGAUUUUUGACUGCUCGAGGUUGGCAAUGCUGUAAUACACCAUGGAAAGAUUUUCAAAGGUACAUGUGGCUGGUUGGUACCUAACUCCUUCGACUUUAACUAGAGAUUAGGCUCCUAAUUCCCAUGUGUGCCUUUGAAAAUGUCCCCCUGGAGCAAAAUGUACCAUCACCUCAAGGUGUUUUAAAUUGGCAUCGUUUUUUUUUUAAACACCUAUAGUACCAAUAAACAGAGAUGAUUUCUAAUGGGUGGAUUCUUUUACAUUCACAUAAGUUCAUGUCUUUGCUCACUCUUGUAAGGCAUUUUUGAAUAGUCCCCUGUAAAUCUGAUGGGUCUAAUUUGUCUGGUAUUUUUAGUUCAGAGAAUGACGAAGGCUGGGAGGAGUUAGACACCAAAUUUUGCGAAGGGAAUCUGAUGCCUAGUUCCCUUUGGUCCCAUUGAAAAUAGUAGCUAAAAUGAUGUGCAUAAUAUUCCCUAAACACGGAAGGAAAAAAAUUUUAAAAGGUGCUGGCACAUUUUUUCUAGUAUAUUUUUUUCCUCCUCGUACGCCACAUGUAGAAAUGGAGAAAUUUAUUUUCUUUCUAGAGAUACUGAAAUAUAUUUAUUUUGUUGUAAGAGAUGAUGUAGUUUGAAAACGCUCCACGUUGUAAAUAAAACUGGAAAACAGAAUUGAACUGUGUGUUAUUUACAAAUUAAACUGUUUGCUAAAAGUCCGACAUGUGAUUUGAUUGAUUUUAUUUCAGGGUUGGGGGUUUUGGUUGAGUUUGUUAUGUAAAAAAACGUUGUUGUCCUGUGGUUCAUGUCUGUGAAAUGUUGCUUGGUGAUUGUGGUACCUCAACAGUCAGAACUGUGCCUGUCUUUGAUUGAUCUGUAGCUCAUCGA